AUGACUGACGGCGAGUUUGGAUAUAUUCACAUGCUGGCCCAGGACUAUCUGAGGUACGUGCUGCAGAUACCACAGCCUGGAUCUGGUUCAAGCAAAACAUCCAGAGUGUUACAAGACGUGGCUUUCUCAGUCCAAAACGAAGUUGAAAAGAAUUUGAAACCAUGCUUGGAUAAUUUUGAUGUCGUGUCCAUAGACACUGCCAGGACAAUAUUCAAUCAAGUGAUGGAAAAGGAAUUUGAAGAUGGCAUCAUUAACUGGGGACGGAUUGUGACCAUCUUUGCAUUUGAAGGUAUUCUCAUCAAGAAACUUCUUCGAGAACGAAUUGCCCCAGAUGUGGACACUUACAAGAUUUCUUACUUUGUUGCGGAGUUCAUAACGAAAAACACAGGAGAAUGGAUAAGGCAAAACGGAGGCUGGGAAAAUGGCUUUGUAAAGAAAUUCGAACCCAAAUCUGGCUGGCUGACUUUUCUGGAAGUUACAGGAAAGAUCUGUGAAAUACUAUGUCUCCUGAAGCAAUUCUAUUGACGUAACAGGACAUUCCACAUUGUGAAACCUGCCUAAUUUUCAUGCCUCUUGUAAUAAGUACUGCCAACACUUACAUCUACUUCUAAACAAAGAAUGCUUGACGUUCCAGAGUUAUGGAAAUUUUGCCCCCUUUUUAAUGAAUAAAUUGUGUGUAUUUGUCUCUA